AUGGCUUCAAUGUCUAUGGACAUGGCCACAGCUUUCUUAGGACUGGCCAAGCGCCACCCAUCUCCAUUUUCCACUUUCCGCACUACACUCUUCUGCAAAAACAAGCCAAAUAUUACCAAUUUUCAUAUGCGCACUUGCUUAAUUACCACAGUUACCGCAGCCAAUUCAGUUCAUUCAAGAAUCUCUUACUCGUUAAAACACCCAAGAAAAAGCUUUUCGCGUAGAUUCACUGUUUCUUCUGCCACCACAUCCGUUCCCCAAACUGAGGAUUCCGAUGUUCUCACGAAAAUCCCUCCCGAUGAUAGAAUCCCGGCUACUAUUAUUACCGGUUUCUUGGGUUCCGGAAAGACAACCUUGUUGAAUCACAUCUUGACUGCUGAUCACGGGAAACGCAUAGCAGUUAUUGAGAAUGAGUAUGGUGAAGUCGACAUAGAUGGUUCUCUAGUUGCAGAAAAAGCUGCUGGAGCUGAGGACAUUGUUAUGCUCAACAAUGGGUGUCUAUGUUGUACUGUAAGGGGUGAUCUGGUGAGGAUGAUUGCAGACCUUGUCAGUAGGAAGAAAGGGAAAUUCGAUCAUCUCGUAAUUGAAACAACAGGAUUAGCUAACCCAGCCCCAAUCAUUCAAACAUUUUAUGCCGAGGAUCAGGUUUUUAAUGAUGUUAAACUUGAUGGGGUUGUUACACUGGUGGAUGCUAAACAUGCUGGUUUGCACCUUGAUGAGAUUAAGCCUAAAGGAAUAGUUAAUGAGGCAGUAGAGCAAAUUGCUUAUGCUGACCGCAUUAUAGUAAACAAGACUGAUCUUGUUGGUGAACCAGAGAUUGCUUCACUUGUUGAGAGAAUAAGGAACAUAAAUCGUAUGGCUCAAUUGAAGCGAACAAAGUAUGGAAAUGUUGACUUAGACUAUGUUCUCGGAAUUGGAGGCUUUGAUCUAGAAAGAAUUGAAAGUGCUGUUGAAGCUGAACAAUCGGAGGAAGAUCAUGCUGGUCACAGCCACGAUCAUGAUCAUGGUCACCACCAUCAUCAUGAGCAUGAACAUGACCACAAACAUGAACAUCAUGACAGUCACCAUUCCCACGAUCAUACUCAUGAUCCUGGCGUUUCGUCAGUCAGCAUAGUUUGUGAAGGGAGCUUGGAUCUCGAAAAGGCAAACAUGUGGCUAGGCACACUGUUAAUAGAAAGGAGUGAAGACAUAUAUCGGAUGAAAGGUCUUCUAUCAGUUGAUGGAAUGAACGAGAGAUUCGUCUUUCAGGGAGUGCACGAUAUUUUCCAAGGUUCGCCGGACAGGUUGUGGCGACCAGACGAACCCAGAAUAAACAAGAUCGUGUUCAUUGGAAAGAACUUGGACAAAGAGGAAAUAGAGAAGGGCUUUAAGGCAUGUUUACUAUGA